AGAUCAAAGCACUCAGUCUUUCAGGGCUGUAGAGAAACAGUGUCCUGAGUGCUUGGUGUAAGAAAGAUCUGAGGGUGCUAAUUUGUAAAUAGGCUUUCAACCAGUCCUCUUUUUUCAGCUCUAUGUCUACUUCCUUUCCAUAGGAAGAUUGAAUUCCAUCAAUUCUUAUGCCUUUGGAGGUUCUUGAUGUGAUGUAAGUGCAGCUGCGUCUCUGAUUUUCCCACUGACAGUUUAAAGCAUCUGUUUUCUCAAGUGUGUUUUGGGAGUUUUCACUUGUCUGCCUCCUUUUUUGACACCAAGUACUGUUGACUUUUCAUCUUCCCUAUUUGUACUUGUGAGUUAUGGCUUUAUUAUUUAUCUGUUUUAUUGAGGAAUCACAUAAAAUGCAUAUAGUACCCUGAUCUUAAAUGUAUAGUUUAAUGAUUUUUAUGUAUAUAUACAGUAGUCCCCCCUAACCCCUUAUCCAAGGGAGAUAAGUUGCAAGACCCCUAGUGGAUGCCUGAAACCAUGGAUAGUGUGGCACCCAAUUGCUUUCAAUUGGAACAUGUUUCUGUUCAUAUCUCAGCCUUUUCCAUCUUAACUAAACACUUAUCACAUGCUUUGACCAUAAGUUUUGCAGUUUAAGGGACAACAGCAAAACUGGCACUAAUUUCUUUUUCCUUCUUCACAAUUUCAGGAAUAGAAAAUAUGUUAUUAAUGGUAGAUCUUAGCAACCUCAGCGUAUGAUUUUUUUUCUUAAGUUGAAAACUUUAACCUUUUCGCUUGAAGGAAGCACUUCACAGCUUUUCAGUGUAUCAAAAUUGCCAGCAUCACUACUGUUGCACUUUGGGGCCAUUAUUAAGUAAAAAGAAUUAGUUGAAUCCAACCACCACAAUAUUGGAACAGUUGAUCUGAUAACCAAGAUGGCUACUGUAUUAGUCCGUUUUCACGCUGCUGUAAAGAACUGCCCAAGACUGGGUACUUUAUAAAGAAAAGAGGUUUAAUUGACUCAGUUCUGCGUGGCUGGGGAGGCCUCAGGAAACUUACAGUCAUGGUGGAAGAUGAAGGGGAAGCAAAGACCUUCUUCACAUGACGGCAGGAAAGAGAGAGCUAGCAAAAGCUGGAAAAACUGCCUUAUAAAACCAUCAGAUGUUGUGAGAACUCACUAUCAGGAGAACAGCAUGGGGCAAACUGCCCCCGUGAUCCAGUCAUCUCCCACGGGGUCCCUCUCUUGACACCUGGGGAUUAUGGGUAUUACAGUUCAAGUCUUUCCAGAGUCAUCUUAGUGGGAUUUGGGGAAGCAACAGGGCUGUGUGGGGUAACCUGCCACCUUUAAGUGGAAAUCAGAAAUGGAGCAAGAGCCACAAAAUGGAGAACCUGCUGAAAUUAAGAUAAUCAGAGAAGCAUAUAAGAAGGCCUUUUUAUUUGUUAACAAAGGUCUGAAUACAGAUGAAUUAGGUCAGAAGGAAGAAGCAAAGAACUACUAUAAGCAAGGAAUAGGACACCUGCUCAGAGGGAUCAGCAUUUCAUCAAAAGAGUCUGAACACACAGGUCCUGGGUGGGAAUCUGCUAGACAGAUGCAACAGAAAAUGAAAGAAACUCUACAGAAUGUACGCACCAGGCUGGAAAUUCUAGAGAAGGGUCUUGCCACUUCUCUGCAGAAUGAUCUUCAGGAGGUGCCCAAGUUAUAUCCAGAAUUUCCACCUAAAGACAUGUGUGAAAAAUUACCAGAGCCUCAGUCUUUUAGUUCAGCUCCUCAGCAUGCUGAAGUAAAUGGAAACACCUCAACUCCAAGUGCAGGGGCAGUUGCUGCACCUGCUUCUCUCUCUUUACCAUCACAAAGUUGUCCAGCAGAAGCUCCUCCUGCUUAUACUCCUCAAGCUGCUGAAGGUCACUACACUGUAUCCUAUGGAACAGAUUCUGGGGAGUUUUCGUCAGUUGGAGAGGAGUUUUAUAGGAAUCAUUCUCAGCCGCCGCCUCUUGAGACCUUAGGGCUGGAUGCAGAUGAAUUGAUUUUGAUACCAAAUGGAGUACAGAUUUUUUUUGUAAAUCCUGCAGGGGAGGUUAGUGCACCUUCGUAUCCUGGGUACCUUCGAAUUGUGAGGUUUUUGGAUAAUUCUCUUGAUACGGUUCUAAACCGUCCUCCCGGGUUUCUUCAGGUUUGUGACUGGUUAUAUCCUCUAGUUCCUGAUAGAUCUCCGGUUCUGAAAUGUACUGCGGGAGCCUACAUGUUUCCUGAUACAAUGCUACAAGCAGCAGGAUGCUUUGUGGGGGUCGUCCUGUCCUCUGAGUUACCAGAGGAUGAUAGAGAGCUCUUUGAGGAUCUGUUAAGGCAAAUGUCUGACCUUCGGCUCCAGGCCAACUGGAACAGAGCAGAAGAAGAAAAUGAAUUCCAAAUCCCUGGAAGAACUAGACCCUCCUCUGACCAACUAAAAGAAGCCUCUGGCACUGAUGUGAAACAGUUGGACCAAGGCAAUAAGGAUGUACGUCAUAAAGGAAAACGUGGAAAAAGGGCUAAAGAUACUUCAAGUGAAGAAGUUAACCUGAGUCACAUUGUACCAUGUGAGCCAGUUCCAGAAGAAAAGCCAAAAGAAUUACCUGAAUGGAGUGAAAAAGUGGCUCACAACAUUUUGUCAGGUGCUUCCUGGGUGAGUUGGGGUUUAGUCAAAGGUGCUGAGUUUACUGGUAAAGCAAUCCAGAAAGGUGCUUCUAAACUCCGAGAGCGGAUUCAACCAGAAGAAAAACCCGUGGAAGUUAGUCCAGCUGUCACCAAGGGACUUUAUAUAGCGAAGCAAGCUACAGGAGGAGCAGCAAAAGUCAGUCAGUUCCUGGUUGAUGGAGUUUGCACUGUAGCAAAUUGUGUUGGAAAAGAACUAGCUCCACAUGUCAAGAAGCAUGGAAGCAAACUUGUUCCAGAAUCUCUUAAAAAAGACAAAGAUGGGAAAUCUCCUCUGGACGGUGCUAUGGUUGUAGCAGCGAGUAGUGUUCAAGGAUUUUCAACUGUCUGGCAAGGAUUGGAAUGUGCAGCUAAAUGCAUCGUUAACAAUGUUUCAGCAGAAACUGUACAAACUGUCAGAUACAAAUACGGAUAUAAUGCAGGAGAAGCUACCCACCAUGCGGUGGAUUCUGCGGUCAAUGUUGGCGUAACUGCCUACAAUAUUAACAACAUUGGUAUCAAAGCAAUGGUGAAGAAAACUGCAACACAAACAGGACACUCUCUCCUUGAGGACUAUCAGAUAGUUGAUAAUUCUCAGCGGGAAAAUCAAGAAGGAGCAGCAAAUGUCAACGUGAGAGGGGAGAAGGAUGAGCAGACGAAGGAAGUAAAGGAGGCGAAGAAAGAUAAAUGAUGAAGUGCUGGGAAUCACCUAUACCAAAGCCUUAUGAAAUGGAUGAAAUUUUGUUAAAUAGGCAAAUGUGGAAUUCCUCACAGAUUAACCAGUAUUUUUUAAAUGUAUUCAUUCCUACAAAUUAACUUUCAUAAAUUUUAUGGCAUGUCUUCUAUUUAAAAGGAAAAGAAUAAGUAUUCUUGCAUCUGGCCUUAGAAAUGUGAAGUUAUAUUCUCAAGUUUAUUUUUUUCCAAGCGUAGCUAAAAUAUUUUUGCAGGUAAAAUAAAGCUAAUAGUACAUGUGUUGUUCAAACCUUGUUAAACCUAAUAUUGAACUAUUUUUAUAUCUGCUUUCAGAAGGCAAAUAGGAAACUAUAUAUUUGCUUAAAAAUUGGCAUUUAGUAACCUUAAUUCUUUUUAUAGAAGGAACGACUUAAAGUAUUGUCCCCUCUUUUUGCACUAAUUGUGGAUUUUUUUAGAUGCUUCUCAAAAUUUUCAGUGUGUAAGCUAAACAAAAACUAAAACUAAGAAUUCUCAAAAAGACUUGUUCAAAACAGGGAAAGACUGAUGAAAAGUAAAAGGGACUACUUUUGUAACUUACCUGUUUGUUAGGAAAUGGAAUGGUCUCUUUGAUUUAAAAUGAAUAAAAAUAGAUUAUUACGUCUUUUGUAUUGAGACUGUAUUGUUAUGAGCCUAGGAAAUUUGGGAACAUGAUUGUAUUAUAUUAAAAUUUGAAGUGAUUAUUAUCAGCUUAAUUGGAUUAAAAAAUUACUUCAAGAAAUUAUUUUAUCAUAUCUGCUUCUGUUUUUCCAAAAGGUUAAAAAAAUAUAUAAACAAUUGAGUUUACUAAUGGUAAACAUUUUUAUUCUGGGAUUUGGUCAUUGGAAUUUAUAUUAAAAGACAAGUUAUUAAAAAGGAAAGGUUCUAUUCAUAAUCAGGGUAAAGAAUAUGAAAACCUUAGACGUAAUCCAUGGUGGAUAGGCAUUAUGGUUUCCACUUUGGCAGAAGGCAGACUAUUCACAGCCCUAUUUACUUACGUAGGCUAAAAAACUAUGUAACUAAAUACCUAAUGGUAUUUAAUUUUUGUUUAUUGAAUUUAAGAGAUUGGUAUUAGUUUUCAUAGCUGCAGUCCAUUCUAAUAAUUUCUGAUCUUCUAGUGGCUACUUAAUUAGACAUUAUUUGAAGCUGUCUGAAGAAUGCACUUUAUGAAUUAAAAAACUCUGAAUUGCCUGACCUCGUUAUCACAUGAGCUUAUAUUUUGGCAACACAUAGAACUGAUGGAGGCUUUUCCUAAGGCCAAGGAUAAUGUACUAGUUGUUAAAAUGGAAAUAAAAGUGAAGUGGUAAAUAGCUUA